AUGACGUCACCCAGGUAAAGGGACAGGAAGUGUCCAGAUGGAGCCUGUGACUACCUGGACCCCAGAGACCGUAUGCAGCUACCUGAGGGGUUUGGACUCCUCUGUACAGCAUUAUCCAUUUCAAGAGUGGGAUGUGACCGGGCAUGAUCUGCUGGCUUUGUCCCCCCAGCGUUUAGAUGCCUUGGGGGUAAGGAGCAUUGGGCACCAAGAGCUGAUUCUGGAAGCAGUGGAGCAACUGUGUGCACUGCAUUACGAACUGCACUCUGAAAACCUGCGUUCUUUGACUGAUAAGCUGUGUCGUGUCUCCCAGUCACUAUGUACACACAUCCUCAGCCUCAGGAAAGCCUCCUUGCACUCCUCAACCAAUGCAAUCUCCCCCACACAAAAACAGCUGGUCUGUAUCGUAGAUAUUGCGUCAGCCGCACGUGGAUUAUUCUCCUGGCUCAAUAGACAUCUUUUCACACGGCUGAAUGAUUACUCUGCUAGUCGAGAAAUCAUUGCUUUGUGUAUAGAGCUUUCAGAAAACUUGCAAGAGGAUUGGUCUGACACGGAGAUCGAGAAUAAGAUUUUAACAAUUUGCCAAAGUAUUUGUGGGAUUUGCAAGAGCAUUCUAAACUGUAGCCCCACUAUUCUCUUGAAUCAGACAGCAACACUUGAACUUGUACAUAUAAGCCCUGAACAACCUGAUUCCAAAUUGGGAAUUAACAUUAAAUCCACAUCUUCUGGAUUGCAUUUUGUCUGUGGGACAGAAUUAGAGUCUCCUGCUGGACGCUGUGACAGAAUCCUCCCAGGAGAUGAGAUAAUUAAAGUUAAUGAGCAAACAGUGGUUGGUUGGACACGGCAGAACCUAGUGUGGAAACUACUAGAAAAAACAGAUUGUGUGUCUCUUGUUCUAAAGAAAGUCUCUGUAGCAUCUGCACCACAAACGCCUACUGACCCAACGUUACCGAAACGUCAGGUUACCUCAUCACCACUGCAAGAUCAUACUGGUCACACUUUGCUAAAUAUCAGUGGAGCAGCAUCUUUACCUACAAAGCAGAGAACCCUAAGCCUCCAAAUAAAACGCAUAGGAUCUUCCUCACCAAGAGUUAAAAGUGAACCCAGCACACCAACAGAUUGUGCAGUCACCAACUUAUUAGUAACUUGCAGUGCCCCAGCUACCCCUACAAAGAACAUUUGUCUAACUAAUGAGAUACUGCUUGGUUCUUCACAAGUGACACCACACACCUCUGGAACAAAUCUUAUAUCUCACUCCCAAAUCAAAUCCAUCAACCAUGCUCAACCCAUCAUUGCAUACCCUCCUGAUCAGUCAACUUCCCAAAACCUGCCGGUAGAGUCUCUCUCCAGUGUGGAAGAAGUAAACUUUGGGACUACCCAAUUCACUACUCGUCAACGAAGUGGAUCUGAGAAUUCACAGACCGAAACUAUUUUCCUUAGCCCACAAUCUUCUGUGAACCUGCGGCACACACUUUCUGACAGCAACUUGUUUAAAUCCACACAUCCUUCUUCUCCUCUGCAUAUAGAGCUCCAAAGUGGGGAAGAUUCCACUGAGAGAGUGGUAGAGAAAAGAGACAGUGUUGACGGCGUCAAAAACACUGAGAAAAACAAACAGCCUUCUGUCAAAAGGAAACAAGCACAACAAACUAAACCGAAGUCAUCUGUACCCCUAAGAAAUCAAAAAGGCGCUACAACCAAACUGAGUCGACGUCGUGUGUCCUGUCGGGACCUGGGGCUCCCGGAUUGUGAUGGAUAUUUGUGGAAGAAGAAAGAAAAUGUUGGUUUCAUGUCCAAUAGAUGGAAGCACUGUUGGUGUGUCUUGAAAGGAUCCAGACUGUUCUGGUACAAUUCACCACAGGAUGAAAAGGCUCUGGGACUGGUUAAUGUUUCUACUUAUAAUUUGGAGAGCCCACUCGAUUCAAAACACAAGAAAAAAUAUGAGUUCCAGUUGUGCCAUGCCACAUACAAACCAUUUGUGUUUGCCGCAGACAAUCUAGAUGACAUGAAUAAGUGGGUGACGUGUCUAGUGAAAACACUGCAUAAAUACAAACUUCCAUCAAAUGCCAGUCAUCCACCUGAGGAAGAAUGUUACAGUGAAACAGAAGCUGAACAGGAUGAUGAUCAACCCAGAACACAGGAAAUGAGCAGAAAGCAAAUUGUACAGUCUCCAGUGAAGAAUUCAAAAGUUACCAAAACCUCAGUAUCACAAGCAGAGAGUAUGGCAGCUGGAGCUAGUCCGGUGCUUAAAGGAGAUGAAUCUCAAUAUGAAGGUGAUGAUUUAAAAAUCAUGAUAUCCUGUUUGCAACAAGGCGGUGUGUCUCUAAUUGGCACAAAGACUACUAUGACACGUGAAGAAUAUCGUAAAUCUUUCAUUCGUAGAAGCAAAAAUCCAGAUAUAAAUCAUAAAGCACAUACAUUACGUGUACUGCAGAGCACCUUAAAGGCAAAGCUCUCAGAACUUGAUACACUGAAUCAAAUCCUAGACAAUCCAGAUAUCAGCUCUGAAGCAUUUCGCCAGUGGAAAUUUAAAAAUGAGCAGUUGUAUGAAACUAUAGGGCGAGGGACUAGAGCUAGAGAAUCAUUAGGAGACUUUUUGGGCAACUUGAAGGCUGAACGGAGCCAGAAAAAAGGUGAAAGUGAAUCAAGUGACUGAAUUAUGAAUAGAGAUUAUGAAUGUUUAUGCAUAUCUGGAAGUAAAUUGAUAAUGCAUACAUAUUAUAUACAUAUGUGUAUCAGAUAAGAUGAGGCUGUAAAAAUAUUAAAUAUUCUGCAACAUCUGACUGCAUUUUAUAUUAUAUGGUUUUAUACAUAUUGGUCAAUAUACAAUGAACAAAAUUAUAAACGCAAAACUUUUUUGUUUUUGCCCC